GGCCCCGCCCACCGUAGCGUCGCCGCGGUCCGCUCGGUCUCCAGCGCUCAGUCCGCGCCGCCGGUGGUGCUUGUCGGGAGAGCCAUGACCUCUUUCCGCUUGGCCCUCAUCCAGCUUCAGAUUUCUUCCAUCAAAUCAGAUAACGUCAUUCGUGCUUGUAGCUUCAUCCGGGAGGCAGCAACGCAAGGAGCCAAAAUAAUUUCUUUGCCGGAAUGCUUUAAUUCUCCAUAUGGAACGAAAUAUUUUCCUGAAUAUGCAGAGAAAAUUCCUGGUGAAUCCACACAGAAGCUUUCUGAAGUAGCAAAGGAAUGCAGCAUAUAUCUCAUUGGAGGCUCUAUCCCUGAAGAGGAUGCUGGGAAAUUAUAUAACACCUGUGCUGUGUUUGGGCCUGAUGGAACUUUACUAGCAAAGUACAGAAAGAUCCAUCUGUUUGACAUUGAUGUUCCUGGAAAAAUUACAUUUCAAGAAUCUAAAACAUUGAGUCCGGGUGAUAGUUUCUCCACAUUUGAUACUCGCUGCCAGCUGUUGGUAUAUCCAGGAGCUUUUAAUCUGACCACUGGACCAGCCCACUGGGAGUUGCUUCAGCGAAGCCGGGCUGUUGAUAAUCAGGUGUAUGUGGCCACAGCCUCUCCUGCCCGGGAUGACAAAGCCUCUUAUGUUGCCUGGGGACACAGCACCGUGGUGAACCCUUGGGGGGAGGUCCUAGCCAAAGCUGGCACAGAAGAAGCAAUCGUGUAUUCAGACAUAGACCUGAAGAAGCUGGCUGAAAUACGCCAGCAAAUCCCCGUUUUUAGACAGAAGCGAUCAGACCUCUAUGCUGUGGAGAUGAAAAAGCCUUAAAGUUUAUAUUUCUAAUGUGUCACAGAACAGGAAGAUAUGAUUCUACAACAUAAUCAACUCCCUAUUAAAUUCUUUGAUGAAGAUUUUUUUUUUAAUUUAGCCUUUUCCUUCCUAGGUUCUCUAUUGAGAUGAGAAAGCCUCAUUAUGCUGACAUUUUCCACACCACAUUAAAUAGUUAAGAAGGAUGUAGCCUGGAGCCGGAGAGCAGAAAGCUGGGCUGGUUCUGAAGCUUCUUCCAUACUUAAGUUGCCUCCAAGCAGUUUGUGAAAGUAUCAGAUCUUGGUAUCCUGGUGACUGAUUCACCUAAUAUAAAUAUAUUUGUGUCAUGAACCUCUUA